AUGACAUAUUCAUUGUUUUCACCAUUUGACGAUUCGACAGAUAGCUUUCUAACUCCCUUCCUCAAUGACGCACCUGAAAACAACUCCCAAAUGAUUGAUCCGAUUGAUCCAUCCCGACCAAUGACAUAUGUUUCACCUUUUCGUCCUCCAGCAUCAACCACACCGAGAUCUUUUGAGUCUUUACCUCGUCUUACUGUGAAUCCUGCUUUUAAAUUAAAUAGAUCAUUAUCAGCAAAAUUAUCAUCAAUAAAUUUAGUAUCUCCAAGCAUUUUCUACACAUUUCCAGAGAAUAGUACUCUUUCUUUACAUUUUGAUGUUGUUACAAAUGAUAGUGCAGUUUCAUUUGUUACACAGCCUCCUUUGAGUAUUACUGAACCUAGGUUCUUAAUAUAUGCUGUUGUUCAAGCAGGAAUUUCGCCAAUGCCAUUCAAAAUGAUCCUGAACGGUAAUACAAUAAUGAGAAGAUUAAAUGAUAUAACCGCGGUUGAUGUUACCAAUGUUCUAGCCCCAUUUGGUCAAAAGAAUUGGUUGGUUAUCGAAACAGAAGGAAUUGUAGUUCCAUUUUCUCUCAUUGGAGUGUGGGCACAAUUUAAUACGGUUGAACAGAUCAUAAACACAAUAUCUGCAAGACCAAGUUUUCCAUUUACUGAUAUUACUGCUUUAUGCCCUAUUACUGGUCACCAAAUCGAAAUUCCGGCAAAAGGUUGUCAUUGUAAUCAUGAAAUUGCUUCGAUUUACUUUCCUAUCUAA